CUUAAAAUUAGCAGCUGGUCACCCCACAUCGCAUCGCACAGACGGGGAGCGAGGGAGGGCGUGAUUCAAGCCCGAACAUGCUGGACACCAUCAGCAGCCAGUACGAUUCCUUCAUCUACUGGAGGAUGCCGAUCCCGCGGCUGGACGUGGCGGAGCUGGAGGGGCUGGGGCUCAGCGACGUGGCCCUCUACAAACCCAAAGGAGGGCUGGGCAAGCUCGCCAGCGAGCGGGAUCAGGUCAGCCAGGACAUCUCCGACGAAGAGGACGGCCUGCUGCAGUUCAACAGCUUUAAUUUCUGGAGAGCUCCUAUCGCCAGCAUUAGCUCGUUAGAUUUUGAUCUAAUUUGAAGCCCUCCUUUCUGCCCUCCUCACCCCCCUGCCCUCUCCCUCUCUGCUAGGCAUGCAAGGAUUUGGUUUUGUUGUUGGUUUGGAGGUUGUUUUUUUUGCUUCCGGGCAGUUUUUGACAUUGUUAAUUAACUCAGCAGUUCACCCCAGCCCUGGUGGUGGUGGGCUCCCCACAAAACUUCAACCUCUCUCCACCUUCUCCCUCUUUUCUUCCUUUCUUGCAGUAGCGCUGGAAACACCACGACGGUGCAAGGAGGGGGUAACAGCACAGGGGGCAAAUACGAGGGGAGGGGGCAGAAACAGCCACCCCAUUGCCCCACAUCCACAUGCCAGCGGGUGCGGGAGGUGCUGGGAGGUUUCUGCCACCACCCCGCACCCUGCGGCUGUGUGACCGUGGGCGUCCCCGUGCUCUGGGACGAGUGUUUGAGCUCAUUUCUCAUGUGCUUUUUUAAGAAGCUCAUUUGUGCAAAGGGAGCAGCGCAGGACUGAUGGGAAUCCUCUUCGUUUUGCAGAAAGCAUCGUCCCCGCUCCUCUCCCAGGGAUGCAGAGACCCUCUGCGCUCCCCUGGCCCAGUUUCUCCAAAAGCUGCUUCGCUCCUUAACCUUCCCUUCGGGAUAAUCAAGGUGAAAGAGGCAGGGAUGUGCUCGGAACACGAGCACAAACCUCUUUCUUGAAAGAAAUAAUCUCUUUGAGCCUUGUGGCUUGAGCCCAAGCAGGAGAAAUGAUGGCCAGGAGGGUAAAUACACAUGGAAAUGCUCUGACCUUGCUUGGUGGGGUCAAGGCUGGAUGUUCACUGCCUGAAAUUUGAUUUUUCUCCCUUUUUUAUCCCCCACGUACUUUAUCCCAGGUGGGACUCCCUGCUGGGACAGAGGCCAGGUGCAUCGUGGGGUCCGGAUGGGUAACGGGGGCUGAGCUGAAAGAUAAGACAGAGAAUUUAGUUUGAUCUUACCCCGAAAUGAAAACGCUUCUGGUUCCCCACCCAAUUAAUCAACCCCUUUAAAAAGAACAAUGAAAAAAUGCUGCAUUCACUCAGGUGGAAGCCUUGCAUUUUCCUCGGGGGUUUUCACCUGUGGUCUCCGUGGGCUGAGGUUUAUUUCUGAACAUCAUCCCAAAACGGGGGGGGAACCCCACCCUGAAUAAUUUUUGGCUUUUAAACAGGUUGGUUUUUUUUCCAAGAUUGUUUUCUCGGAGAGUGAAUGCAACUGGUUUGUCUUCUUGAAUGUGCUUUUUUGGGGUUUAAUUGGGGCGAUGUGGAGCAUCCUGAAACUGUCCUAAGAGUUGGGGGAGGUACGUGGCUGGGGGAAGGCUGAGGCAGCACCUAAAAAGUGCCCAAAAAUAGGCAAAUAUUGGAAAAAUCUGCACUCUAUUUAAAGAAAAUGGAGCAGAGCUCUCCUGUAACCUCCAGAAAUGACCCAGCCUGCUGACUUUGAACCACCCAUGUUAAACCAGAGGUGAAAAAUGUAAACUCUCCUAAGCAGAGCUGUUUGAUUUCUGUGUUCCCAGCUGGGAAAACCCGCAGGAGAAGUAUUUAUUAUGAAACUUUAAAUAAAAUGAUUUAAAAACAUUCA